AUGCCUCGUAUGCGUUGGGCUGUCCUCGAAUAUGUGACGCGUUGUCGGGUGUCUUGUAGUCCGGUCAUACUUCUUGCUGCCCUCUUCGGGGUGAACCUUGCAGCCACUGGAUUCGAUGCAAUCGGAGCAAUUUCCACUUCACAGUUUGAAUGUAUGAAAACACAUGGGUAUUCUUUCUUUAUUGGACGAGUUUUCCGAUCAAAUGGAGCCGUAGACAGUCAAGGAAUUCAGAACAUUAAAAACGCUAAAGCCGCCGGAAUCUCUCACGUUGAUGGUUACAUCUUCCCGUGUACAUCUUCAUCCUGCGCUAGUGCUGCUACUCAGAUUUCUGAAACAUCAAAAGCGUUGAAAAGUGCUGGCGCAACUGUUGGAAUGUUAUGGCUGGACAUCGAAACCUAUCAAUGGCCCAGCGAUCACACCAAGAAUCGUGAAUUUAUCGAAGCAAUGGGUAAAGAGCUGACGUCACUUGGAUACAAAUGGGGAGUGUACAGUAAUUACAACAAUUGGGAAUCAAUUACUGGUCUCGAUUAUACCGGGAUGUCUUCAAAAUCACUUUGGUGGGCUACUUACAAUGGACAAGCGAACUUCAACAACUUCAAAGCUUUUGGAGGAUGGUCGAAGCCAAAUAUUCAUCAAUACAACGGUGACGUUACCGGACCAUGUUCAUUCUCUAUUGACACUAAUUAUUAUCCUUGA